UCACGCUCAAGUCCCUGUAGGCGGCAACCUCUCUCUCCUUAGCAACCAGCCAAACAUCCCGUCUAAGCUCUUUGAAGUUAGAGCAGAGGUGUCUCUUGGCUCGAUUCUAUAGGCUCAGAUUCCUGAUGAUCAUUUCCUCCUUACUUUCUAUUUUGUACCUCAACAUCUCUUCUUGUCCGCCACUUACUCAGUUGGUUGUGAGCCACCUGGCUCCUGCCGCAAACCAAUCACGAACGAACUGGUUAGUUGGCUGAGGGUCGAUAAAAGGCAAAAAGACUCCAUUUGUGGCAGGAGUUCUGGUGGUCGACUGGGACUGUGCUCUCAACCUUUAGAGGAAACUCGGGUUCCAGACGAUGGUUCUGUGCUUCUGUCUGUUUAACGAACUCGUGCUGGCAGGAUUAGGAAAAUCCGAGGAACAGAAGGAAAGGAACCCGGCUUCUGGGCUCCACCCACUGGUCGCCAGGUCAGAGCACCUUUGCCCCACCCAAGCCCCGCCCACUCUGCGUUGGCUUCUGGGAUCACUCCUCUCUUCCCAGCAUGCAGUGCUUCAGACGAAGCCAGUCCCGCGCCAAGCGCGCGGUCUGAGAGCCUUUCCCGAAGUCCCUUGCGCGGCACCUGGCGACAAAAUGGCUGCCCGAGGGAGACGGGCGGAGCCUCCGGGUCGGGAGGCGCCCGGCCCGGCGGGCGGCGGCAGGAGCCGAUGGGCUGAGUCGGGGCCAGGAACGUCACCCGAGAGCGGGGACGACGAGGUAUCGGGCUCAAGUCCGGUGUCCGGCGGUGUGAACUUGUUCGCCAACGACGGCAGCUUCCUGGAGCUGUUCAAGCGGAAAAUGGAGGAGGAGCAGCGGCAGCGGCAGGAGGAGCCACCCCCGGGCCCGCAGCGACCCGACCCAUCGGCCUCCGCCGCGGCGGGCCCAGGGAAUCCGAAGAGGAAGGGCGGCCCAGGCCCCACACUCAGCUUCGUGGGCAAGCGCAGAGGCGGGAACAAACUAGCCCUCAAGACAGGAAUAGUAGCCAAGAAGCAGAAGACGGAGGAUGAGGUAUUAACAAGUAAAGGUGACGCAUGGGCCAAGUACAUGGCAGAAGUGAAAAAGUACAAAGCCCACCAGUGCGGUGACGAUGAUAAAACUCGACCCCUGGUGAAAUGACCCCCUCCCAGGUGCUCACUGCCUGGGACUCUCUGCAAUGUACAUAACUAUUUAAGGCGGUAAUGGCAGCGGCCUUCCUGGAGGACUGAUACACAGAAGGAAACCAAGGCGCUUCCCGUGGCCGCAGACCAUUCUCCAGGACUCUUUUUUUACCUUGAGCACUUGCCUCCUGAGACUCACUAGACCAGUGGUUUACUGUCCCCUUUCUUCCCACCACCGCUUUCUCUGGCUCUGUCUGUCUCUCUUGCUGUCCUUCUCCUUUUAGCAGUCACUUCUGAGAAGUAAAGAACCUGAUUUAGUGCUGGA